ACACUGACUCAUGCUUUGGGAAGCACAAUUAUGGUCCACUGGGGCUUGUGUGUGUUUAAAGGAAGGAAGGAAACAUCACAUUGGAGGCAGGAUUCCAACUAAAGCAACAGUAAAGGCUUGGAUUUGAUCUCCAGUUGAACGAUCCUGAACAUGUCUCAACUACAGGAGGAGGAUGAGGGCAAGAUAAAGAGGCCAGAGGUGAAGGACGAGGACCUGAUUGAGGCAAAGGAUAAGCUGGCAUCUGGGACUACGGUGAAGAGUAAGACCUUUGAAGUGAUGGAGGAAUGUGAACGCUCAGGGAAAGUUGCUCCAUCCGUGUUCAGUAACGUUCGAUCAGGAGGAGAGACGGUCUUCAACAAACCCAGGAAAAAGUAACAUGGAAAAUGAUUCCAAUUCACAUUCUUUCAAAAUGUGUAUUCGAAGUGUUGAAAUAAAGGUCUAAAUAAAAGUGGCCAGACAACUUUGACAGUUA